AUGACCCCCAUGGAUGUGGCGGAGGGCGAGGCCGACGGUGGUGGCGAAGACAUAACGGUGGAAGGCGGUGUUCAGGGCUGGACAGUCGUGGCGUGCGCAUCAGUGUACUUCUUCUUCACCCUCGGCCUCGUCUACUCGUUCGGCAUCAUUCAAGAGGCGCUCGUGUCGGGCGGAGCAUCCGACGCUUCCACGCUCGGUUGGAUCUCGUCUCUCACCGUCAUCCCCAUGCCGGUCUUGUCGAUACCUUUCACCAAAGCCGUCGCUCGCUUCGGAAACCGUGCUGUUGCCGCUGCGGGUGCCGUCUGCGUUUCUGUCGGUUAUGCAUGUCUCUCCACCAGCUGGUAUCCGGCAACACACCCGAAGCUGCUGCUCGGCGACGGAGUCCAGCAGGAACUAGAGCUGAGAAUGGGCAACAUCGUCGUGUUCGCUACCAUGAUCGGUAUCGGAUAUGGUCUGGUGUUCUUUUCGACGAGCCAGAUCGCAGUCGGAUACUUCAAGAGCAAGCGCGGGCUAGUGAUCGGUAUCGUCUACAGCGCAAGUGGCUUUGGCGGUGCCAUCUGCUCCAUCUCGCUGCGAGCAAUGGCGAACAGAGUCGGGAUCGAAUGGUCCAUCAGGAUCUUGGGUCUCGCUGCCGGGGUGACGAUGCUUCCGCUGGCAUACUGGUUGGUGCCGCAUCAGGACGAGAGGAGGAGAAGGUGCGUCGAAGCGUUUCGCCCGUCCUUGUUUCGCGACGCACGUUUCAAUCUGCUGCUCUUUGCGACAGCGCUUGGCACAUUCCCGCUGUUUGUUCCGCCGUUCAUUCUGCCAACGUAUGCCAAGUCAGCCGGAUUCAGUUCGAAUACGGGUGCGUGGUUGGUUGCGGGAUACAGUCUGGCCUCGGCGGUGGGAAGAGUCGCGUUUGGUAUGUUGGCAGAUACACGCGUUGGACCAGUCAGCAGCUUGAUGCUAGCACUGAUGCUAGCGAGCGUCAGCAUUCUCGCCGUGUGGACUGUCUCGACGAGUCUUGCUACGUUGUCACUGGCAAUGGUGCUCAACGGAAGCAGCACGGGUGCUCUGCUGUCGCUGCAGCCUCCCGUCAACGCAGCCAUCUUUGGUGUACACCAGACUGCGCUGACCAUGUCAAUGAUGAUGUGUUCGCGAGCAUUCGGCUCGCUUCUAGGAGGUCCCUUGGCCGGCUAUCUACUAGACGCAUUUGGAGGGCCUCGAGCAGGCACGCACGCCUACCGUCCAGCUCUGUUAGUCAUGGGCAGCAUCUGCCUCGCUUCGGCCAUCAGCGUCGUACUUUUACGUUCAAAGGUUGCCAAGCGACGCAACGUCACGUGGCGAGCUCGAAUCUGA